CUGCAUGUGACCAUUUGAGGCCACAGUAUAUGCAGCACGUUCUGCAGUCUCAGGAACAUUUGCAGUUUGAUCGGGUGUUACAUCAUCUACUUUGCAAGCGAGCGGUACAACAUGUAUCAAAUCAGAUUACUGCCAGUGCUUUUCACUUUAGUUCUAAAGUGUCAGGCAAUGGUAUUGCUAGACCCCAUCUUUCAUCUCAGCCCAUCUAAAAAUCUGCAAUUAACUGAGCUGUCUGCACCCUUGAAAUCUGUGAUUAGAUGAUCUCUCUUCACCUUUGCUAAAAACAGCAGAUGCAGUAAACUGUCAGAGGUUAUUUCGCUCCGAAUCAAUGCUUUAAAAGUCAUUAAAAUGAUUUUAAGUUUGUUAGAUGACGUAAUCUCCUUCUCUAAUCAGAGAAGGAACUAGAAUAUUUUCUGGGCUUCUCUGAUAAUGUUUGUCUCUAAAUUCAUGAAAAGGAAACAUUAAACAUGCUUCUAUGGAGCAGACUGCUUAAAGCUCACUCAUUAGGACCGGUUGUCAUUAUUGAUAGGCUUAAAGACUCAUGUGAAAGCCUUUUGAUUGGCCAUCGCAUUCAUCCAUGUACAACAAAGAUGUCUGUAAUUGGUUACUGCUACAAGAAAACAUGCUGUAAACAUUUUGGAAUGAUGAGAAUAGAUGUAAAUGGAAUGCUGUAAUUGACAAUUUUAGCAAUUAGCUAAUUAUAUUAAUUGUCCAGCCCUAGUGCAUUGUGUCAAGCAUCUCUCAAAACAAAUAAAUUAAAUGAAAUUGUGGCUUUCACUAAUUGAUGGUUUUGUUGGCUGAAGCAUACAAACGUCAUUGUUCUUAUCUAGCACUUGUCCCAGGAGCAAAUUCCAUAUAAUCAGAUGAACCACUGAAUGGAUGAAUGGCUCCCAUGGCUCCAUGGCAAGGUACUCUGAGCAUCUCUCACAUACGCUGGAUAAUUGGCAUGCCUGAUUGCCUAAGGGACAAAAAUAACACCAUCCAAAUCCCUGUGAGCCAUGACAAUGGCCCCCAGCUGAAGGCAGUGACGGCAAGAGACUGAGAUGGAGUUGACCUCAGUAGACGCCUCUGCUGUGCUGGGCUUAUGGGGCAACGGCUCCAUUCCUGGUUUCCUCCUUAACGAUAGUGUUCUCAAUGACACUUGCUUCCUCAAUGCAUCGAACUGCACGAAUGGGACAGAUGCGGGGAACCGAUCAGGAACAAGCAUGGCAGGAAUCCUCAUCCCUCUCAUUUAUAUCAUUGUCUGCAUCGUCGGCCUGGGAGGAAACUCACUGGUCAUCCACAUCGUCCUGCACUACUCCAAGACAGAGUCAGUGACCAACAUCUACAUCCUGAAUCUAGCUAUAGCCGAUGAGCUCUUCAUGCUGGGCCUUCCGUUUCUCGCUGUGCAGAACGCCAUGCACUCCUGGCCCUUUGGCUCAUUCACGUGCAGGUUGGUCAUGACCGUUGACGGCAUUAACCAGUUCACCAGCAUCUUCUGCCUCACCGUGAUGAGCAUCGAUCGCUACCUGGCUGUGGUUCAUCCUAUACGGUCCUCCAAAUGGAGGCGACCGCAAGUGGCCAAGGCGGUGAAUGGAACAAUCUGGGCGGUCUCGUUUUUGGUAGUCUUGCCUGUGGUGAUUUUUGCAAACGUGCAACGGGAAGGAGGCAUCUGCAACAUCAUUUGGCCGGAGCCAGCCAACAUCUGGGGAGCAGCAUUUAUCAUCUACACCUCCACGGUUGGAUUUUUCUUUCCCUUGCUAGUCAUCUGCAUGUGCUAUCUCCUCAUUGUGAUUAAAGUUCGUAGCUCAGGAAAGAAGGUUCACGCCACUUCGACCAAACGCCGCAAGUCGGAGCGAAAAGUCACGCGAAUGGUGGUGAUAGUGGUGGCUGUGUUUGUUUUCUGCUGGAUGCCGUUUUAUGCCCUCAACAUCAUAAACCUGGUGGAAUCGCUGCGGGAUGAGCCACAAGGUCUGCAUCUUUUUGUGGUGGUAUUGUCUUACGCUAACAGCUGCGCUAACCCUAUUGUUUACGGAUUCCUUUCGGACAACUUCAAGCGGGGAUUUCGAAAGGCUCUGUGCCGCUCAUCUCGAAGGGUCGAGAACCACGAGCCCACCGAGCAGCAGAAUCAAGAGGAACGAAGAAGAGUGCUGAUGCCCAGGGAAAGCCUUAGAAGAGCAGUGAGACAUGAAGAGAAUGAGGAAGAAGAAGAAGAGUACAGGGAGGAAGUGACGGAGAUGACGGAAAUUUGCAGGAUUACUCAGAAUGGAAACGGAAGCAGACAACCUGAAAGUACCCGAGCGCUUUUCUUAGAGAGACCCUCGGGUACAGGGGUUUCUGAGACAAGUUCCCCAGACAGGAGAGGCAUGGGCGGGGAUGUUGUUGGCAAAGGACCAGGCUUUGGACCUGCUGCAACCCUACUGAACGGGGCUAAAAACGGGAAUGUGAAAACACUGCCAGAGGAACCGGUGGAAAAGAACAACUCACUGGAGAUCAGCUACUUGUAAACUUGUGAUUUGUGUCAGCUGUAAAAACAGUAUUAUUGUACAUGCCUCCCUCAGCUCUAUUCAGUUUGUAGUUACAGUACUGCCUCUCCUGAAGUCUAUCAACUCGUCUUCAUGUCUGAAUUUACUAUGAUAUUUCCUCCUAGUAAUUAGACUUUGUAGUAUGGAAGUGUACAAUCUGGCAACACAAUUUGAAAAGUCACAAUGAAUUUUGCCUUAUUUAUCAAAGCAAGGGUCAUCAGCAGCAUUCCAUGGUAUCAAUACCUAUGGGACCAGCACCACAAUAUGUGAAGCAUCUCUGUGCCUUUUUCUAAAUUUGUUUAGGAGAUUUAAUCAAUGCAAUGAAUCUAUGAAUCUAUGACUGGGCACUGGACCACUGAGUACAUUUACAUGCACUUUUGCUCUAGCUGUGCAUGUGAACAUACUUAGUGAGACUUGUAGCAUACUACUAAAUGAUCAAAUUUGGAAAAGAUUUUGUACAUGUAAACUGGUCAAUAAUUAUACAUCGGCUUGUGGUUUUCUCUAAAUGUAUUUGUAUGUGCUUUUUGCCUUACUUGUAAAAGUAUUGUACACUAAUUGAAAUCUGUUGCAAACAGGUCUUCAAACUCUACAUGUGCAUUGUUAUACUAUACAGUUUUGUGCUGCGUAUCAGUUGUGGUGUUGUUUAUUGUUUUUUUUUUUUUUUUUAAUAUUACACAAAUAUUUAACAUGAUACGAUUGCCAGUUUUAAAACAGAAUGUUUAUUAUCUAGAUUAUCAUCUAUUUAUGGGGGGCUCUUUAAAAAAAAAUUAUGCACCACUGUUGUAAUGAAUGUCCUAAAGAAUUUCAGUUUUGCAUUAUUUCUUGAAAUUGUUUGUGCAGGGGGGAUAACACCCAGAUUUAACCAAUGAUAAAUUCCAUUCAAACUCCCCCUUUACCACCCCAAAAAAACAAACAUACACACUCAGGUAUUGAACUUAAAAGGAUAGUUUAUCUAAAACUGACUUGUUUAUUCACUCUUAUGUCAUUCCAAAAAUGUAUGGCUUUCUUUUUUUUAAGAAACACAAAAGGAGAAUUUUAAAGAAUCUUCAUGUAAUUUUUCAAUACAGUGACAAUAUAUAGUGGCUAUAAAAACUAUAGUGACUAUAGUGAUGAAAAAAACAAAACAAAAAAAACAUCAUAAGAGCACCAUAAAGUACAGUAGUCCAUAUGACUAAUUUCUGAAUCCAUUCAACAAGUUUGUGUGAGGUACAGACCAAAAUUUAAGUAGUUAUUUAUUGAUAAAUGCUCUUCGCCCAAAGUUAUUGUAUGCCUUUUCUUUGACAUGGAAUAUAGAGCAUGUCAUAUAGAUAACUUCAUGGAAUUAUUUUAGUGUAUUUAGAAAUUUUUGGAACUUGAAGAACAUUAUAACUUCCAUAACUUGCAUUGCAUGGGAAAGAGCCAUGUGAUGAUUCAUCUAAAAAUCUCCUUUUGUGUUCUAAUGAAGUUUACAACGGCACGUGAGUUUGGAACAACAUGAGGGUGAAUAAAUAAUGAAAAGAAGUUUAUUUUGCAUAAUUAAAGAGCAUGGUCUUUGAGCCUGACCUUAGGACCACUGAGUUUAUCUGACACCUGCUAAAGAGGUUUAAGUGCCUCCAAUUAUAAUGUAAUUUAUGCUCUAAUUCCACAGACAGACAGCAUAAGCUACACAUACAUUAAAAUUCCACAGUGUCUCUUCCCAGCACUGUAAUAUGCUUAUGUGACAUUCAGAUACCCUUUUCUGAGUGUUAUAAAUAAACGUUAACUAUUGAGAUCAUAGCAAGCACUAACGUAUCAACUACACUCCCCACCGGCCUACGCCACCUCCUCCUACGCACGGGCUCACACUCAGAUUGGUUUGGAGGCGUAUAGAAAGCCAUUGCAGACGCAUUAUGGAGAGAAAGAGAGAGAGAGCUACCACCAUUUCCAUAAUGACUCUGUGGAUUUCACAGCUUUCGUUUAGAACUGAUUGUUUAAAUAUUAAAAAAGAAUGUGUAAAAAGCUGUGCGAAAAUGUUAUUCUGCCGUUUACUAGGGAUAUUUUUAAUUGUUGUGCUAUAGCUAUGUGACUUUUAUUGCACACUGUGUUUACUAUCGACCCGCUCAGAGAAGCUGCCGUUUGUGGCUGUGGGCAGAGAGGCGCCCAUCCUGUGACCUUAUGAUUGGACAGCUCUCCGUAUCUAAAUGAAUCUCUGUGAUUCACUGGACGCUUGACACCCACCGGGGCCCACCCACACGCGGUAUGGAUGCACAAAGAGGCAAAUAGUGCUGAAGGCUACUUGUGAACGCUGUGAUAUUAUUCAUUUCUUGGCGCAGACUUAUAUAGGCCUCUUGUGCAAACAAAGCCAUUUGCUCAAGGAUAAAAAUGUAUAGCUGCCCAUGUGUCCUUAGUCAGUACUAUAGCAUUUUUAUAAAGAAAGUUUUUUUUUUUCUCUAACACCAAAUGUAUAUAAUCUUCAGUUAGUUUCAGCUCCUUAAAUUGUAUAAAACAUUCUGAAGCGUAUUUAUUUUCAACCGUGUACGUUUGAACCAUGUAAGUACCUGAAUGCAGAUGAAGCUUGCUACAAAAGCUUAAUUUUCACACACAAGUAAAGACUGCAUUCUCAGCAUUGCCACAAGAGCUGCUAUAGCUGGAAUUAUAGUGCGUUUAGGUCCUCCUGGGAAGAUAUAUUUAUGGCUUGUGUUGACGUUCAAUUCGUAAAUACGAUUUUUACAACAAGACUUGAAUGCACCACUAGUAUAUAGGUUAAAUGUCUCCUUUAAGCUUAGUUUUCUCUUUUAGGUCAGCUGUUAAAGUCGGUAUGUUUCAAGCAGUUUACCAGAAUAAUAAAACAUCUUGUUUAAUGUCAGAGACAACCAAAUUUUGUAUUCUGUCAGAAAAGUCUAUCAGUUGUAGUGUAGCAACAUAAGAAGCACGGCUCACUCAGAAGCCACUGUCAAACCAAGCAGAUUUCUGCUAGUAAACGCUGUGAAGUUGCAUGACUAAUUUGAGCCUGUUGCAUGAGGAAAUAUUUUGCAUGGAUCCCCAAAAAUUUGCCAGACAGUAAAUGUGACUGCAACUUUACUCUCUUACCACCCCAGAAUCUGUGCAGGCAAAGUGAUUUUGUCUGCAUUCACGUAC